UCGUACCUCCCCCUCCGCCCGCCUACCUGGUCCCCUGGUCCCAGCAGCGCGUCGAUGGUCAGGAGGUUCACACUAGUCGCGGCGCUCAGAGGAACCGGCAGCCGGCGGCUCUCCAGAACCAUCGGUCCACACACGUCAAGAGUAGAGCUGAUUAUCAGGACCAAAAUGCACCAGAAGAUAAACUAGAACCCCCGCGGUGCUACCUGUUCUCCUUUGAUUGUCGUACAUAUAUCCACCAGAAGCCAUGGCUCGAGCUGAAGUAACCGGAGCACCACUGCUGAGAUGUGCGCUGUUUUUUCUCUCCCUGCUGAGCGCCUGCUUGUGCCAGCGUGACUGCACCGGCGUGGACUGCCCCGUGCUGGACGGCUGCAUUGAAGAAGUUCUGGAGAGCGGCGCCUGUUGCGCUUCGUGCUUACACAAAGGAUGCAUGUGCGAGGGCUACCAGUACUACGACUGCCUCAGUGCCGGAUUCAAGGACGGAAAGGUCCCCGAGGGAGAGUCUUACUUCGUGGACUACGGCAGCACAGAGUGCUCCUGCCCCGCGGGAGGGGGCCCGAUCAUCUGCCACUUCAUCAGCUGCCCCGACAUGCCGCCCAACUGCAUCGAGGAGUCGGAGCGCGCCGACGGCUGCAUGCAGUGCGAACGCGUCGGGUGUGUUCACGGGGGGCAGAAGUACGAGGCGGGGCACUCCUUCCACGUUGACCCGUGCUCGGUCUGCCACUGCUCUAACGAAGGGGGGAAGCUGAUGUGCUACACGUUACCCGACUGCGAUCCCCAGAAAGCCCGUAAAACUGUGUUAACUCUGCCCACGGAUGACGACCCGGGCAGCAGGCGUGAGAGCUACCCAGACAGCAUCAACCAACAAAGCCGCAUGGGUCAGUUCUCUCCACCGUACGACCUUCCUCCUAAUGGGAACCUUCCUCUCUUCAAACCACAUAAGGAGGAACCGGAAGACUACGAUUAUGUUCCGACUGACUUUCUAGAGACAUAUCCUGAGUCUUUUCCCACUCUGUCCUCCUCAUCCUCCUCGAAAAAGGUUGUACCUUUAUCCCGUGGCUCUGCCGGACCUGACAGAACCUCUGCGGUCCAGAGCUUUGGCACGCUAGGAAAGCUGGAGCUGAGAGAGAAGUACAGCGUCUACAACCAUCCGGGAAACAGAGAGGAAGUGACGCAAAGUCCCCCGAGAGCAGAGCAGAGUACCGUCAAGCCACAUGUGCUCACCACUGCGUCUUGGCAGCCGUCGCAGGAUUUAACAGGUGCAGAAGGUGUCUCAUUAAGUUAUUCGACUCCACAAACGGAUCCGGUGAAUCCCUCGCACGCGCACGGGAGUUUGGGUGGAGUGACAUUUCCGUCGAACGAAGGAAUAGGCGGCGACGAACGCCCAGAGGAUCAACACGCGCAUUCAGGCGGCGUCAUUCAUCACCACAGAGGCGCCGAGAGUAAAGCACAUCAAAACGCGUUCGACGGUGUGACACACACGGGUUCAGUCAGUCACAUCGAUGUUAAUCACCCACUGGGAAACGCAGAGACGGGAACCAAUCAGGAACAAGUGAAACUUCCACUGUAUAGGCCGGAGAUGCCACUUCAAUCCCAGGAAAGUACAAAUGAUCAAAAAGAAUUACACAGCCCAGCCACACUGGCUGAUGAGGACAGUCUGGGUGAUGAAAUAGAAGACGGGGAGCAGGAAGAAAUAGUGACUUUUCAAAGUGUCACGAUCCCUGAAGGGGAGGAUGUGCCAUAUGAGAUCAAGUCAGCAGAGCAGGAGCGAAGACACGAGGAGUCAGAGGACGGAGGCACAACCAGCAGCUAUGAAAAGACCACACCUGAGCCCAGCACGCCGUCUCUGAGGACGCCUGAGCUCCACACAACCCCCAUGGUUCAUCCCACCACCACCGCCGCCACCACCACCACUACCGCCACUACCACCACCACCACCACCACCACCACCACCCAGCCUCCACUGAGGGUCAAACAGGAUGAGAGUCAGCCCAGCAGAAAGCCAGGUCAGAGGCUUUUCCCCCUUCACAGUGAUCACAGAGAGGAAGUGAGGGAAGAGGACACGGAAAAAGAGGAGGAGAGGAAGCAUCACCCUGUUUCACCCGAUGAAGGUCCAGGUGUCUCUGCUGAGGACCUGCUGCAAAGCUGCUGCACCGCUGGCCACAGAUGGGCCGCCGAAAACCGCCAGUGCAACGACAUGCCUGUGCUGGACAACGAUGAGCGCUCCGUCUGCAGCCUUACCCAGAAGCAGUGCUGCUCCAGCUCUGUGAGGGAGCAACAGUGUGAAUCCGGCGUCAUGUCAGCCAGAGCAGGGGACACCUGUGAAGUGGAGGGUGAAGACUCGUGCGCAGACGACACCUACCAGGUGUGCUGCAGCUGCUGUGCGCUCGGCGUGCGGGCGCGUGUCGAAGGCCGGGGCUGUGGCGUGCACCAGCUCCUGGGCUACCCGUGCAGUCACGUCUUCCUCACCUGCUGCGAAGAGGAAGAGGAAGGUCCGAGCCAGAUCCCGCUGAGGAGAAAGAUGAAGCCCAGACCGACCUCCCUGCCCAGAAAAGUUUCAGACAGCAAGUUCCCCAAAGAGGCCUUCUCCAUCAGUGCCACAGACGAAGCUGCCAACGCGGUGGAGGAGCAAGAGGACGUGAACGAGUGUGAGCUCUACCACGGCCAGCUGUGCCAGCACACUUGUACCAACGUCUGGGGUUCCUACCGCUGCGGCUGCCACCGGGGCUACAUCCUUCAGCAGGACGGACACUCCUGUGCGCCAGUGAGUCCCGAUGAGGACAACAGGGUCAGAGAGGUGGACAGUACUGCAGCGGGACCAAUACAAACGACUAGCACCACUUCAACCAGCGCAACCACCACCAGACCAGUCCGCCUCGAUCCCUGUGCAGGAAACGGCGCUUGCAGUCAGCAGUGUACGGCGGUGGCGGGCCGGGCUCGGUGCUCCUGCUUCCCCGGCUUCUCGCUGAUGACGGAUGGACGUGCGUGUGAAGAUGUGGACGAAUGCGCGACCAGCACCCACAGCUGUCGGCCCAGCGAGCGCUGCGUGAACACAGUGGGCUCGUUUGUAUGCGAGCUGCAGGUCAGCUGUCCCGCAGGCUACCGGCUGAGGAACAGCGUUUGCGAGGACGUCGACGAAUGCGCGCUGAGAAGCCACAACUGUGGCGUGGGCUUCGCGUGUGAGAACACAGUGGGCUCUUUCCGGUGUAUUCCCAAUCUCAAGUGCAUCACCGGCUUCACGGAGGACUCUCACGGCAACUGUAUCGACAUAAAUGAGUGCAGCAGCCGGAGUCAGCCGUGCGGCUCGGGCUUUAACUGUAUCAACACCGUGGGAUCCUACACCUGCCAGCAGAAGAUCAUAAAGUGCAGCCAUGGUUACCACGCCAGCCCUGACGGAGCCAACUGCAUCGACAUUGAUGAGUGUCAGAUGGGGACGCACCGCUGUGGAGUGGGCCAGAUUUGUCACAACCUCGCUGGCAGCUACCGUUGUGACUGUCAGACGGGCUACCAGUAUGACGCCAUCCGGAAAACCUGCAAUGAUGUAAAUGAGUGCUGGCGCUUUCCUGGAAGGCUGUGUGCCCAGACCUGCGAAAACACCCCAGGCUCCUACCACUGCUCAUGCACAACCGGCUUCUCCCUAGCAUUUGAUGGCAAGAACUGUGAAGAUGUAAAUGAAUGUGAUAAAAACCCUUGUAGCCAGGAGUGUGCCAACAUCUACGGCUCAUAUCAGUGCUACUGUCGACAAGGAUACUUCCUGAAAGAAGACGGUCACACCUGCGAAGAUAUUGAUGAGUGUUCCCAGAGCAUCGGGAACCUCUGUGCCUUCCAGUGUGUUAACGUUGCAGGCAGCUACCAGUGCGCCUGUCCCUCUCAUGGAUACGUCAUGACGGCCAAUGGACGCACAUGCAAAGAUAUUGACGAAUGCACCACUGGCACCCACAACUGCUCUUUUGGACAGACCUGCUAUAACCUGCAGGGUGGCUUCCGGUGUCUCUCCUUUGACUGCCCUUCCAACUACAAGAGGGUUUCCAGCACACGCUGUGAGAGGACCAGCUGUCCCAGUAACUCCUUGGAGUGUCAGAACUCCCCCGUGAGGAUCACGUACUACCAGCUCAGCUUCCAGACCAACAUCAUCAUUCCAGCGCAGAUCUUCCGAAUCGGACCGUCCCCUGCAUACUCCGGCGACCACAUCGUCAUGAGCAUCACAAAGGGCAACGAAGAGGGCUACUUCAGCACACGUAAGCUCAACAGCUACACCGGCGCCGUCUACCUGCAGAGACAAGUCCUGCAGCCCAAAGACUUCAUGAUAGACGUGGAGAUGAAGCUGCUGAGACAGGGGACGUUCACCUCUUUCUUGGCCAGGAUAUAUGUAUUUAUCACAUCCAGCACUAUGUAACCUAAUGCAGCCAAGAGACAUGACAUUUCAAAUGGUGCUCAGACUUUUUUUUUUAUAAGGCCUCUUAUUUGUCAAGUAGGAUUCAAGAAUCUUGAGGAAAGUUACCAAAGACUGAACAGUUCACUUUUGUCUUUGAUCAGUAUUCUACAGGCUUUCAGUCACAAUCACAUUUCCUUAGAUACAUUUGUACGCACCAAACUAUAUUUCAUUUUGACGCUUGCUAACGUAAUUCAGCUUUCAUGCACCACUGUCGUCGUGCGCAGACCGCACCGAGGCGCAGCAGCAGCCGCGGCACAGAUAUCAUUUUUUUAUCAAGACAAUAAUAAAACUUUGCAGCACUGGACGUUCAGGGCACUUGACAUCUAUGGAGGUCCAAAACGAACAAAAUGUACAAAAGGAAUUUUAAUGUCAUAACGUCAAUAAAUGAUAAUGUUGUGCGUGUACACGGUAAUGAGAUGGGCACCGCCAAGGAUCAAUCCAAGUGUGAGUUUACACUAAACUCUAAGAUUACUCAAAUAAAUAGAGCUUAAAUUUAAAUUCAGUAGCUAUGGCCUAUUUGCUACGUACUGUCAUAUUCAUCCACAAACACAUGCAGUUUCUUUAUGCAUGUGACGCUGUGCAACACAAAAAAACAACACACCGGGUUGUUAAAAACUGGAAUUAUUAUUUUAAACACACAUUUAAAUCUCAAUAUUUAUCUUUACCGUUUCUUAAAAUGCACCACAACUGUUGUAAUCCAUUGGCUUAUAAUUUGUAAUAAUUUUGUCAUAUAAUAUGUGUGUUUUCCCUCGAGUAGUACAUUUUGUUCAGCCUUUGGUGUAUAUUAUUUUUUUUAAAGCGUAUUCUAACGAAACGUACGUCUAAGUGGAACUUACUGAUGAUCCUUUUUUUCUAUUUUCUGAAGUGUUAUAUUCUUUUAUUCAUUUAUUACCGGACAUGUCUUUUUUUCCUGCUACAUAACUUUGUUGUAAUAAUCUCAGGGUAAAAAAAAAACGACAACAAAAAAAAAAUCAAAAACAUGCAAUCUCGUACACACUAGACAAUUUCCUGCGUGGUUGACAGGAAUGAAUCGGUCUGCUUGUGUGACUGCAGACUGGCUCCAAACAGCAUGUACAGUUCCAACGCAACAUGACAUUUGUAUCUAUAAACUGACCAAUAAAUGAUGAUAGAACCGUUGUCACUUGCUCAAUAAAAGUCCACAGCGUCGGGCUCAGUUUCUCCAUGUCGUCACCAUUCAACAGCGAGCCAACAUCCCCAUCUACUGGUGUGACUCCCCACUUAUCACAUCUCUCUUAAUAAAAGCAGUGAGUACUCACAUGCAGUAUUUCUCUUAGUGUACCUGGGUUUUAGUGUAUAUGCUGUUCAGGAAAUGUGUUUUACACCAACUUGUGCUUCUUAUCUUGGACUGUUUUCGUCACCUAAUCCACUGCUCCACCAGGAACAUUUAAUGCGUGUUACACCCUGUGGCACUCCCACCCGGAAACUCUGUGCGUGUGUGUGUGCUUUGACGCCUCUGGCUAUUAAUACAUCGCAAUAGAUGGCUUUUUAACUGGAAAUUAGGGCGGGGGAUUUCUCACGAGCCACCGUAUAAAUAAACAGUUUCAAAA